AAGCACAUUAUUCUGCUGCUGAGGACUUCAUUCCUGUAAACAUGUCUGUGAAUCACUUUGUUGAUGCUGCAGUAGACAAAGCAGCUUCAGCUGCCAAAAUGAAGGUGAAAUCCAUGUUGGGAGGAGGAGGAGCAGACGCAAAGAAACCAAGCAAGUCAGGAGGUAUUGGAGGCCUUUUUCCCUCGGCAGGAGAUUCUGGUAACGGAAACAAAGAGAAGAAAGGAGGACUGUUUGGAGGCCUACUCUCAACACCCCAGGAUGAGAUGAAACCAGGAGCAGCAGGAGGUGCAGCAGGAGGUGGAGCAGGAGGUGGAGCAGGAGGAGAAAGCCAGGAUUUCAACUCGGCAGUGGAUGAGCUUGCUGAUUUCUAAGAUGAAGGAGCAGGACAUGUUUCCAAAUGUCACCUGAAAUGCUGCAAUUAUUGAAUUUCUGCUUUUCUUCUGAAUGGAGCUAGACAGAACAAAUACAACAGGAAAAGCUUAAAAAGCUACUGUAUAUAUGAAGACAUGGCAAAUGAAGAAGCGACAAUUCAGACGAUUACUAUUUUAUCUAGCAACAAAUGACAACCAGCGCUACAUGUUCACACGUGAUUAACAGUGUUUAGUGGAAUUAUAUAAAUUUUAUGUUCUUCUACACAAUAAUUUAUAUAUAUAUAGCUAGAUAGAUAGAUAGAUAGUUUUUUUUUCCAACUUAAAACAGACAAAUGUGUUCUCUACCAAAAGGUAUCCGAUUCUCACAUUAAACAUACCCUAAGCUUAUUUUUUUUAACAUUUUAAUGUUUACAUGUUUUUUAAAUUUAAUAGCCAAUAACUAUUGAUAAAUUUGGGAAAUUUUGUAAAUUCAUAUUUGUUUUUGUUUGUUUUUAACUUGUGCCCUUGAUGCAAAGCCCCACUCAGUUUUUUUUUUUUUUUUUUUUUUUUUAAUAAUCCUCUUCUCUUCAAAUAUGUAAGUUCUACUUUUAUUAGCAAUCUUGUAAUGUAAGUAAAACAAUUUGAAUAAAGAAAGCUGUUAAUGGAUAAUUGAGUUAUAUUGUGGUUG